AUCAUCGGGAAAAAGAAAAGUGGGGAGGAGGAGUGUUAUAGUGAAAAUUGUUUGGCUUUGGCAAACUGAACCAACAGGGGCGGGGACCGAUCCAAUGGUCUGCUCUGUUGCACGCAGGACCCCAACAUCAGUCACGUGCUAGACAUGGGCGCCCUUCCCAAUUCCUUCUCCCUCUUCUCUCUGAUUUUCCUCUUCACUGCCGUCUCUCCGGCAGCUGCCACCGCCGGCGGCCCACCUCUAAACCUUAUCCUACCCCACCCUUUUCUGUAUCGCUUCAAGUCCUUAAAGGAAACUCUUUUUGUUGCUUCUCCUUCUCCGCCGCCACCGCCGUCCUUUCCCUCUGCUCCUCCUCCCGAGGAGAAGCCGGUCUAUUCUCCAUUCCGGCCGAGCAUGGCGGUGGUGGUGGGUGUUCUGACCACCACUUUCUCCAUCACCUUCCUUCUCCUUUUAUAUGCCAAGCACUGCAAGCGUGGGAAUGCGGUGGUGAUCGGUUACUCGAUGCGUCCCAAUACGAUGAUGGGUGUUCCGAGCUUCUCUACCAGGAAAAACUCCGGCAUCGACCAGGCCGUGAUCGAAUCGUUGCCGAUUUUCCGAUUUGGAUCGUUGAGUGGACAGAAGGAAGGCUUGGAAUGCGCCGUUUGUCUGAACAGAUUCGAGCCGGCGGAGGUUCUGAGACUUCUCCCGAAAUGCAAACACGCCUUCCAUGUCGAAUGCGUCGAUACUUGGCUCGACGCUCACUCAACUUGCCCUCUCUGUCGCUACAGAGUCGACCCAGAGGACGUCUUAUUAGUCGAAGACGUCAAUAUAUUUCUCCACAACCCACCACCUCUGCCGCCGCGGGAAUCGAAUUCCAAGGAUGUAGUGUUGAACUUAGAACAGGGGAGAAGAAGCAGCAAGGCUGGAUCCGGUAGAGUCUCCGGCAGACACUCGUCAGUCGGCGAGAAGAGAACAGGGGAGUCCAGUUACCGUGAUCCAGCAUUGUUGAGACGGUCACUCGACAGCAAGAGAACCGAAACGGUAGCUGUCGGAUGCUUCGAUCGGCACCGGAAGGACGGGCUACUAUUGCCGGAGGAGAAAACAAAUCAAAAUCAGAAUCAGAAUAGAUUGGAGCACAGGAUCAUAGUGUCGCCGAGGGUGCCGGUGAUGGUACAGGGGCAACAGACAUGGAGCGAUGUACAAGCUUCGGAUCUGUUGUAUCUACGGUCAGAAAUGAUAAUAUCUGACAGCCGUAGAUUUUCGGUAGCUUCAUUACCACCGGAAUUAAAGAGACAGCGACGGAUGGGGAUGAUGGGGAAGCAUGCCGGAAAAGGGGCCGGGAUGAUGAUGAUGGCAGAUGUGUAAUAAAUAACGGUGUCAGAUUCAGAAAUCACGGAUGAACGGACCCAACCCAGAGCUCCCACCAGCUUCUUCUAGAACAGAGCAACCAAAAAGAAAAAAACAGAGAGGCAUUAAAAUUUUCUGAACCAACCAACCACUGUAAUGGUGAUUGAGGGGUGAAAAUUACAGGUGAAGGGCGGUGGCGGCUGCGGCUGCGGCGGAGGAGAGGGGAUGGAACAAAAGGGAGAACGGUGGAGGGGGGGAGGAGAAAGUGGAUCUUGAAAGGGAAAUGGAGAGCAAAGGGAAAUUAAUUGGGAUCAGGAUGAGAAGAAAGGGAAUUUUGAUUAUAUAUGUUAAAAAGUAGAAAAUAUUUUUGUAGGGAAAAUAGUGUAGGAAGGGGAAGGAAUAACGAACCUAAGCUUUCUUUUUGGUUACAUAACAUCUUGUCCUAACUCUCCAGCUUUUGCUCUAUGAUGUGCUCUCUCUCA